GCCGUGACGUCACACGGGGGACGGCCACGUGACCUCCCGGGGGCUCCGGUCUGGAAAAUCUUGUGGAAUAACACAUUGAAGCUAUUAAUAAUAUACGUGUUUGAAUCCAUAAAGAAGGGUUGUUGUUUUUGUUUUUUUUAUAUUUUUUUCGCACGGAGGUAGGCUGGCUCUCCUGGGGUCGGUCCAUAUAAACAGAGCCGCACAUUAUGGAGAAGUGUCGGGUGUUUACGGACUGUAUCUCCCACCAGGAGGCUGCAUGGACGCUACUGUACUCUUUUAGCAGCUAGCCUCCACUUUUAAACUGUGUUUUAUUUAUAUAUAAAGGUCUUAUUUUAUUAGCUACUACGGAGCAAGUAAGUUUUAGUCUCAGGUUACGAUACAACUCGUUAAUAAUAAUAAUAAUAAUAGUAAUAACAAACCGGUUAGUUGUUACUCAACGACAAGCAGCCCUGCAGCACAUUAUCUCUUUGAUACUACAAGGACAUGUCUGGGACCAAGCUCUGAGUGUUUCUGUGUUGAAGUCUUUACAACAUUUUCAUCGAAAAUGAAGUCGCCCCUGGCUCCCGGCAUACGACUUAUCACGUCCUUUUCUCGAGAUAGUUGGUAUCGCAGUUUCAUUCUUUUUCUCACCUUCCUCUUUUACACGGCCUACCAUCUGUCACGGAAACCUAUCAGCAUUGUUAAGAGUCAGCUGCACAGGAACUGUUCCACAGUCAUUCGUCCAACAGACCUCAACAUAACCAACAAUGCUACUUGGUGUGACUGGGUGCCUUUUGACCAGGACAACUAUCAGACACUGUUCGGGGUCUUGGAUAACUCCUUCCUGGUUGCCUAUGCCAUCGGCAUGUUUAUCAGUGGGAUAUUUGGAGAGCGCCUGCCUCUGAGGUACUACCUGAGUGUUGGGAUGCUGUCGAGUGGAUUGUUCACAUGUCUGUUUGGCCUUGGCUUCUACUGGAACAUCCACUCAUUAGGGUACUACGCCGUCAUCCAGGUCAUGAACGGGCUGAUGCAGACCACCGGCUGGCCAGCAGUAGUGGCUUGUGUCGGCAACUGGUUUGGGAAGGGGAAGCGUGGGUUCAUCAUGGGUGUGUGGAACUCCCACACCUCAGUCGGAAACAUCUUGGGCUCCCUCAUUGCAGGAGCCUUCGUCUCCACCGCGUGGGGAAUGUCCUUCAUCGUCCCUGGACUCAUCAUCGCAUGCACUGGAGUCCUGUGCUUCUUCUUCCUAGUUGAAAAACCUGAAGAUGUAAACUGCACUCCUCCUCAGCACCAUGGUGAUCAGGAGAGCACUGAGACGGAGCCUCUCUUGCAGAACUCAUCCCAUGCUGACAGAAAUGUGAACGGUGCUGCCAUAACCACUGUGGAGUCUGUGGAAGCUAUUGAGGAGCACACCGAGGCCAUCAGCUUCUGUGGAGCUCUCAGUAUACCCGGAGUGGUGGAAUUCUCUCUCUGCCUGCUUUUCGCCAAACUGGUCAGCUACACCUUCCUGUACUGGCUUCCUCUCUACAUCUCUAAUGUUGCACAUUUUGACGCAAAAGAGGCAGGAGACAUGUCGACAUUAUUUGAUGUAGGAGGAAUCGUGGGAGGCAUCAUGGCCGGCCUCGUGUCUGACUACACUGGUGGGAGAGCAACAACUUGCUGCGUCAUGCUGCUUGUUGCUGCCCCAAUGCUAUUCCUCUAUAAUUCUAUUGGACAAACGAGCCUUGGUACUACGAUCGGUAUGCUCUUGUUGUGUGGAGGUCUAGUGAAUGGACCCUACGCCCUCAUCACUACUGCUGUAUCUGCUGACCUGGGAACACAUGAGAGCCUGAGAGGAAACUCCAGAGCAUUGUCAACAGUGACAGCAAUUAUUGAUGGGACUGGUUCAAUAGGAGCUGCAUUAGGCCCUCUGUUAGCUGGUUUGAUCUCUCCCACUGGCUGGAACAACGUCUUCUACAUGCUCAUCUCUGCCGACGUCUUGGCCUGCCUGUUUUUGGCCAGACUUGUGUACAAGGAGGCUCAAGGUUGGUGUGGACGAACCCCCCGAGUCAGAGGGUUUAAAGAAAUCUGAAUCACACAGUAACAAACUGGGAACCAAACACACAAAAGAGGGAAGAAGUUCUGAAAGUGACCUCACCGUACAGAGGACAACCACUUUACAUUCAGGCCAAAUGGAGACCAAGUCACGGGCGGAUGAUUCAAGGCACUAAACUGACGGUUGAAGCGGCCUUCUUAUUGUAAAACAGAAAUAUGCCUUUAUAGAGACAAAGCUUUUUUUAUGACUAAUCUACUUAUUCCAAAUAGUUUGUUUUAAUAUUCUUUUAUCAUUAAAGUGUAUAUACUGUGCCUUUUCUUAA